AAUAGGCGCCGCGCUGCCUGCUUGAAGUAUAAGAGUAUACACACACCAACAUUACAACGCUUACGCAUAGCGCACAACACUACCGUAAGACCACCGUCAGUUACAACUAGCGAGCUUCCGGCCCAGGGCCCGGGCCCAGCGGCUCUCCUGCUCAGGGACCACCUUUGAGCUGAGUCCACGAGAUAAUAUAGUAUAACCGUAUAUAUCCAGCUAGCUAGCAAGAACAAUGGCCGAGACCGUCCCUCAGAGCGAGCCCAUCUCGGCGGACCAGGUGGCCAACAACGCGGGGGGCUUUGUCUUCAAGGUCGAUGACUUCACGCUGCUGCGUCGAUACAUCAUCCUAGGCUCUGAUGCCAACAACUACUACGUCUCGCGCAAGUCGGUGGACCUGGCGUCCGCCCAGUGCGUGGUGCGACUGCUGGCGGCGGGGCAGGGCGAGGCAGUGGUGAAGGAGGUCGUCGACAUCAGCCGGGAGGGACGGGCGCCCAAGCAGGCCACCGGCAUCGUGGUCCUGGCCAUGUGCGCUCGCCUGGGCGACCCCGCCACCAGCCGCGCGGCGCUGGCUGCGGUGCCGGCCGUGUGCCGCACCGCCUCCACCCUGUUCGAGUGGGUGCAGCGCUGCAAGGAGGUGGGCGCAGCGGCUGACAUCGCCAAGACCGAGUCGGGCGCAGUCGAUGCAGCUGCCUUCGCCGCCUGGCUCGAUGCUGCGUCUCGCGACGCAAGCGCUGCCGCUCCUGCUGCCCCGUCGGGUGGCCGCGGCGGCCGCGGCGGCGGCCGUGGUGGGCGCGGUGGCCGCGGCGGCGGCAAGGAUACCGGUGGUGGUGAGGCGCUAGGAGGCCUGGGCGGCCGCACCGGCAAGCUGAGCUGGGGCCGCGCCAUGCGUCGCACCGUGGCCCGCUGGUACCUGGACAAGACGGCGGCCGCGGUGGCGUACCAGGCGACUAAGUACAGCCAGCGCAACGGCUGGAGCCAUGCCGACCUGCUGCGACUGGCGCACCCGGACCCUGAGGAGCACGCGGCCAAGCGCCGGAAGGUGGCGGAGGGCGCUGCGGCCGCUGUGAAGGCUGCGGCCGCCCCGGACACUGAGGCAGCUGCAGCCUCAGCCGAUUCAGACUCGGAGUGGGUGGUGGUGGGUGGUGGCGAUGGCGAGGCAGCUGGCUCGGAGCUGGGCGCCCUUGCGGCGGCGAUGGCGGCGGCUGCUCCGGCUGCCGCCGCCGGUGGUGACGCGGCCGCCGCCGCCGAGGCUCAGCGGGUGGCUGACCUGAAGGCCGUGUUCGCCUUCCUUACCCACGGCACCGUGCCAGGCCAGGAGCAGGCGCCCAAGCAUAAGAAGGCUGCAGCGUCGGAAGAGGCAGCGGCGGGCCCUGCAACCGAGGCGGCUCAGGCGCCUGACGAGGCUGACGCGGCUGAGGCGCCUGCCGCGGCUGAGGCGGCCGCGUCCAUCGUGCUGAGCCCGGUGAUGCAGUACCUGGUAGAUGCCCACCGCCUGCGCAAGGAGAUCCGCGCGCCUGCUCCGGCUCAGCACGAGGCCGCCGCUACGACCGCUGCGGUUAUUGAGUCGGCGCUCACUCUCAUUCGCCGCCACCGCUUCGGCCACGAGCACGUGGGUGACACCGUGCUGCUGCGGAACCCGGAGGUGUGGGGCGCGUUCCUUGAGAACGGCAUGCCGCUGACCGCCAUGAUUCGUAACCUGGGCCGUAUGUCGGAGCUUGGUCUGCUGGUGCAGCCCGGCUACCAGAAGCGCGUGACGGACCGCCUGCGCGACGUGAAGGCACUGAUGGCGGCGCGCGUGCACCCCAUGACGCUUCUGGACGCCAUGUGCACCUACCGCAACGGUGGGGGCGCACGCGGCAAGGCGCGCUGGAUCCCAGUUUCAGCCGUCACGUCGGCGCUGGAGGACGCGUUCUACCUGGCGUUCAAGAACGUGGUGCCCACCGGCAAGCGCUACCUGCUGGGGCUGGAUGUGAGCGGCUCCAUGGGCUGUGCCAACUGCUCCGGCAUGACGUCCCUCACUGCGCGCCAGGCAGCGGCGGCCGUGGUGAUGACGCUGGUGCGCACCGAGCCGUGGGUCAAGACGAUGGCGUUCUCGCACCAGCUUGUGGAGUUCGACGUGCGUGAGUCCGACCGGCUAGAGCAGGUGGUGGAGCGGGCGUCGCAGAUUCCUAUGGGCAGCACCGACUGCGCGCUGCCGAUGAUCUAUGCGACGGAGAAGCAGCUGCCCGUGGACGUGUUCGUGGUGCUGACGGACAAUGAGACGUGGUUCGGCGGCGUGCACCCGACGGAGGCGCUGAAGCGCUACCGCACCGCCAUGAAGAUGCCUGACGCCAAGCUGGUGGUGCUGGCAUUCAGCGUCAACGACUUCAGCAUCGCCGACCCCAAGGACCCCGGCAUGCUGGACGUGGCGGGGCUGGACUCGGCGGUGCCGCGAGUGGUGGCGGACUUUGCGCGCGGAGGGCUGUAAGAGGCGGCGAUGAGGGGCAGAUUGCGAGCCGCAGGGGGGCUAGGAUGGGAUUCGGGGGAGGAUUCGAUGGGGGAAGUAAGACCGGAAGCUAUGUACGACGGUAGAGACCGGAAGAGAUGCACUACGGUACCACAUGGUUCCAGCUGUUGCAAUAAGGCUCGAUUAGUAUGCAUCACCAGAACCGCACGAUAUGAGUUAGCAGCCGAAGGCUAAACGUGCAUGAGAUACUUUUAGCAUCCUUCUGGAAGGCUGAACGGGGCUGUGACACGUGCUAACUGCACGGGGCCGUUAGACAGGUGCUCGCAGGCUGGGUAGGAGUAAUGCGACAGGCAUACUGGUAUGGCGCCGAUGCCCGAUAAGCACAAACACGACGCAAGCAUACAUGCGUUGGUUACAGCAGCAGUAGUGGUGAUGCGUGUACUUUGCACGCGCGUGUUGCGGCGCGGCACCUUUCGCAACUACCAACACUUUUACUGACACACCUGGAUCACAAACGGGCUUUCGCGCAACUGCCAACGAACAGGGGCGGCACAUGGCGUGGGGGUUGGCGCGCAGCGCGACUGGGAGCUGGUAGUUGAGAUGGGGCGCGUGUGGGAAGCUGCAUCAGAGUACGGCGGAGCUCGGCGGAGGCUGGCGGUUGGCGCGGCGCGUGAGUGGGAAACUGGGAAUGCAUAGUCGUGCGCGAGGCGUGUGGGAAGCUGCGUGUGAGCUGCGUGUAAACUCAGUGAAACGCAUGGGGCUGCCGCUGUUUCCAUGAGCUGUCUGGGCGCACACGGUUUCACACGGUUGACACGGGGACCCCCGCAGAGUGGCGCCCCCCACAUGUACGUCUAAGACAGCAGUCGGUUGAUCACUCCGAAGCUUUCACAAGGCUACGCACGAUAGGUCGUGUGAGAGAGAGCAACACCGCAACACCGAGUCGUUGCGGUGUUGGGCGACCUAGAGGGCGCUGCCCCUGCAUGGGCAGCCUCGUCCGACCUGAGCACCGCGCAGGCACGCCCACGAACCU